GAAAAAUGUAAAUAAAAUUACGUAAUCGGGUCGAAGUACUCGUUUAGAGUUUUUUUGUUUUAAUCACUGAGUUUUUUUUUUAAACUUAAAGUGAUUGUAACUUUAAAAUAUCAAUAGUGUUUUGACAUUUAUAACGUCAGACAAACGUCUAAUUUGACAAGUUAUAAGUCAUCAUGGCGACAAAACGUCGUCCCUUACAUACAAAACUGAAUUUUCGCCCCAACAUAAGUGACAGCAAUCUGGAGUGCCGCGGGACAAAACCAACAUGUGAGCCAACUUCUGUAAAAGAGACUUUUACCUUAAUGGUCUUGUACUUAUGUAAGAAAUCCCUUUUUUUCGAUACUAACCUCAAAGUGGCCAUCUACCUCGGAACCCUAUUUUUAUUAUCACUAGUAGCAGAUGUGACCACGAUCCCAAAACUGUAUCUCUCACGUUCUGACAAUUUAUUUAAUAAAUAUUUCGUCAAGUUUGCCUGGGGCUGGAACUUGUUACUGCUAACCCCAUUUGUUGUGUUCACAUCCUACAUCUACUGCUGCGGACAAAAGCAACUGAUCAUCAAACACCACUUGCUCCGAAUUUGCAUUGCAACGUUUUUCUGGUGGUUGUGGACAAGUGUGUUCAACGUAAUUGAGGCGUCUUUCGGUCGCUGUGGCCAACGACAGUUUACCACGAAAGGCACGUGUUUGCACGCGGGACACGUGUGGAACGGCUUUGAUAUCUCGGGGCACACCUUCAUCCUUAUUUACGGCAGUCUCUUCCUCAUUGAAGAAACAAGAUGUAUAGAAAACUGGGACAGCAUCAAGGAGCAUCUCAGACUGGAAAACCAUCACAGAACGUCUAGAGACCCCACAGAAAACACAAAUCCCCUACGAAACUUGUCAGACGAUGAAAUGCGAGAACUGCAGUUCAAUUACACCAAAUACACGCCCUACAUCAGGGCUCUUCUCAUGGCAAUCACUCUCCUUCAGAUUUUGUGGGACGUGAUGCUUGUUUCUACAAUGUUGUACUACCAUAUCAUGAUUGAGAAGUUUCUGGGAGGGGUUUUAGCAAUUUUAACGUGGUUUUUCACAUACCGGAUGUGGUAUGUACACCCAAAAGCUAUCCCUAAUUUGCCAGGACAAGGGGUUUUUAAAUAUAUAAAGAAGAAGGGAGAACCUCAAAGUGUGCCUAGGAGAAGAACUGGGAGUAUAGUAAAUGGUCGGGGGCCACUCUUCAUGGGACGACCAAUUUAUCCACAGGAUGCUCAACAGGACGAUGCUAAUUCAGGGUGAAAAAAUUGGGGCCUUAUCUUAAAAGGGUUAGGUGUGGGGGUAUUGUUGUAGCUACGUAAUAUCGAUUUUUUAUAUCUAUGAAGUUUUCCACCAAAAAUUUAUAUUAAUGAAACUUAUUGUUGGAUUGUUUUUUGCAUUUGUACCUUAUUUGCAUAAAAGUCAGUUUUAAAAAUGGACAAUUCUGUUGCUCGAGGUCAUAGAGUCAGGGACAGAAAAUCUAAUAAUCUGUGAUCGCAUGCAAUUUUUGUAUGUGUAUAUUUACAUAAAUUAAUUAAUUGAGUUUUGAUAUUUGUAUAACACACAUUGCCGGUCUUUGUCAUUUUAUUUAUUUUUUAGCUGUUACAGUGGCUUGCAUUCUCUUAUUUGUCUCAUGUACAAUUUUGUUGGGUUGUUUCUAAUUUAUUUUUGUUACUGAUUAAAUAACUUUACAAAG